GUCGCCACUCGCAACAAAAACCUUGCCUUUGUCUGAGUCCAUACACACAAGAGCUCUAUUUAGUGGUGUUCAUCUGACACACACACACACACUCUCUCUCUCUCUCUCUCUCUCUCUCUCAUCACGACGCCGCCGCAAUGACCGUGGGAGUAUUAGCUUUACAAGGCUCUUUCAACGAGCACAUCGCGGCUCUGCGGCGGCUAGGCGUCCAAGGAAUCGAGAUUAGGAAGGCGGAGCAGCUUCUCACCGUUUCAUCUCUCAUAAUCCCUGGCGGCGAGAGCACCACCAUGGCCAAACUGGCCGAGUACCACAACCUGUUCCCGGCUCUACGUGAGUUUGUCAAGACGGGGAAACCUGUUUGGGGGACAUGCGCUGGUCUUAUCUUCUUGGCAGACAGAGCAGUUGGUCAGAAAGAGGGAGGUCAAGAACUAGUUGGUGGCCUUGACUGCACCGUACACAGGAACUUCUUUGGCAGCCAGAUUCAAAGUUUUGAAGCUGAUAUCUCUGUACCUAUUCUAACAUCUAAAGAAGGUGGGCCGGAGACAUACCGAGGAGUCUUCAUACGCGCUCCAGCUGUUCUCGAUGUUGGCCCUGAUGUCGAAGUCUUAGCGCAUUAUCCCGUCCCAUCAAACAAGGUCUUGUAUUCAAGCUCUACUGUCCAAAUCCAAGAGGAAGAUGCUCUUCUAGAGACGAACGUCAUUGUUGCGGUGAAGCAAAGAAACUUGUUAGCGACUGCGUUUCAUCCCGAGUUAACCGCAGACACGCGAUGGCACAGUUAUUUCAUGAAAAUGGCGAAAGAGAUGGAACAAGGAGCUUCUUCAAGCAGUGGUGGAACUAUUGUUUCUGUUGGAGAAACCAGCGUUGGUACCGAGCAAGCUAAGCCUGAUAUUCCUAUAUAUCAGUAAUUAAAAUAGAGAGAAGACACUCACUUCUCUUGAAAUAAAAUAGAAAAGUGUCAGAUUCUUUUUGAUGUUUUGGAAAGAAAAUGUCAAUCUAGUUUGCAUUUGUCACACAAGAAAAUUUCACAACGAGUCAUCAUCUACUUGUUUUCUUGACACAACUUUGUAUACCGUUUAAUAAAACCGGUUUACUUGGUUCA